AUAUACACAAAGCUACAGUGUGUAUCUAAAGCGAUUUGUACACAUUCAUUCUAUUUCUGAGUGACAUCUACAUCUACAUAAGCUGCAGAACAUGGAGCACGGCGGCUUCCAGAGCCAGCUGCUGUCCGUCCUGGAGGUCCUGUCCCAGGCGGCCGUGGCAGAGAUGGACCGGCGGGUGGAGGACGGCUGCGCGGUGCUGCGGCUGGAGGUGAGCCGUAGUCGGAGGGACAUCGAGCUGCUGAAGAGGAGGAGUGAGGGCAUGGAGGCCGAGCUGAGGAGGACCAGGGCGAGAGCCAGGAGGAAAGUGUUUUAUCCUCCAGCAGCUGAGAGAUUCUCCCCUGGUGUUAAAGUAGUGUUGAACAGAGAGAGACAGAACACAGACUGGGAGGCUGAGGUUCAAAUUCCAAACCAGCAGUGUGUAGACGUAGAGCCGGCUGAUAAACACAUCCUGAUCAAAGAUGAGAGUGCAGAGGAGGACAACCUGAUCUCUGAAACGGAGCAGCCUCCAUUUCUCCACGCCUCCGAACAUCCCCACGUUGACAGCUUUGCAGAGCGUUAUCACUCCUCUGAGACUCCAGCAGACCCCGGACUUCUGGUUUCUGUAAUAGACGGAUACAACGCUUUCCCAGAGCAGCAGCUGAGCACACACCAGACUGAGGUCGAGCUCGUAGUGAAACAAGAGGAACAACCUGACGAGAACGAGGCUCCUCUUGAAUCAGCCCACAUAUUUGAGGCAGAGGAAGGAGACGGACAGCUGUGGUCGACCAAUCUGUGCAGAGACGAUGUUGGUCCGAGCUUCUCGUACGCUGAGCAUCAGUUUGAGACGAAUCCCUCUGUGUUCCCGUCUGCUUUGGAAGACAUGGGGCCUCAAAUUCACUCUGUAGGGAAAUCACAUCCAGUUACAGUGAAUGCAGCACGCGUGAAAAGACGAGCAAGGACGUUUGGAUGUAAGAGAGCACAACAAGAUGAAGGACACUUAUCUCACAAUAACACCAUAGAUCAGUGUUUAAUUCCUCAGCAAUCGCAGCAUCAGUUCAGAGACUCGGCCCAAAGCGAGGAUUUGACGCCUCCGAGCACAACGUCUUCUUUCCGCAGUAACUUCGGCCUGGCGAGGAGGAUCAGGACGCCCUGGAGGACGGGCAUCGGAGAGAAGAGGUACAGCUGCACGUUCUGCAACAAGAUCUUCAUGAGGUUCAGUCAGCUGAAGGAGCACCUGAGGAGCCACACGGGGGAGAAGCCCUUCAGCUGCGUGCAGUGCGGACGCAGCUUCACGAAGCAGUGCAACCUGAUCCGGCACGCCGUGGUGCACAGCGGGGAGAAACCCUUCCACUGCGCGCUGUGCGGGAAGAGCUUCACACAGCGCUCCAGCCUCAAGUCGCAUCAGAAGACGGCACACUGAUGAUAAUAACACUAAUAAUAGAUUACAUUUCUAAGCGCCUUUCAAGGGACCCAAGGCUGCUUUUACAUGGUGAACAAACAAACAAUUGAUUUUAAGGGUGUCCAUUAUCAUCUGGCCGGGGACAACAGCUGGAAAUGAGCCAUGUUGGCUAAAGCUGCCCCAUUUACG